AUGAACGCAUUACCUCAUUCACUAUCUUCUCGACUUCUCUCCACAAAUUUUCCAGAGAGAGAGAGAGAGAGAUUGCAGAAGUAAAAUGGGAGUGGUGUCCUUCGUCCCGACCAUCCCAUCUUUGGUUCUUCCUCCUUCUAAAACUACCCCCAGACACUCCAUUGCACCUGGCACAAUCUGCUGUAAGCUCGACAUCAGUGGUAGCCAUGGGGAUUCCAUCCGUAGACGCGAUUUUCUUCAUUGCCUUGGUGCUACCGUAAGCUUGGAUCUCAUAGGAAGAUCCAGUUCAUUCAUUGAAGUGGCUAAUGCUGCUGAUUUGAUACAACGCAGACAGCGCUCAGAGUUUCAAUCAACUAUCAAGGAUAUCCUCUUCACUGCUAUAGAGGGAAAUCAGGAGCUCAUCCCAUCCUUGCUGACUCUGGCUCUUAAUGAUGCUUUUACUUAUGAUAAGCCUACAAAAUCCGGAGGUCCCAAUGGAUCAAUUCGCUUCAGCUCAGAGAUCAGCAGACCAGAAAAUAAGGGGCUUUCCGCAGCUCUAAAUUUGUUAGAGGAGGCAAAGAAGGACAUUGAUGCAAAGUCCAAGGGUGGGCCGAUCUCAUAUGCAGAUCUAAUCCAAUUUGGAGCACAAAGUGCGGUUAAAAAAACCUUUCUUAAUGCUGCAAUUCGGAAAUGCGGUGGGAAUGCUGAGAAAGGGGCUCUUUUAUACAGGGCAUAUGGCUCAACUGGACAGUGGGGCCUGUUUGAUAGGCAAUUUGGAAGGUCUGAUUCCACAGAACCUGACCCAGAGGGAAGGGUCCCUCAGUGGGGAAUUGCUAGUAUUCAGGAAAUGAAAGAUAAGUUCAAAACAGUUGGCUCUGGCUUUGGCCCCCGCCAGCUAGCAGUAAUGUCUGCAUUCCUGGGGCCUGAUCAGGUUGAAACUGAGGCAAAAUUGGCUUCAGACCCAGAGGUCCUCCCAUGGAUUCAGAAGUACCAAAGGAGUCGAGAAACCGUAUCCGAAACUGAUUAUGAGGUUGACUUGAUUACUGCUCUUACAAAAUUAAGUUCCCUGGGCCAAGAGAUCAAUUACGAGGCAUAUACAUAUCCUGUCAAAAAGAUUGAUGUGACCAAACUCAAAUUGUAGUAAGUAGAGUGCAUGAGGUUUUUUUGCUAUCAUGAUAUAUGUUCAACUGCUGCAAAUACUGCAUAAGUUUUGCAAAUGUUGUAGAGCAAGGAACUGCAUCAGAGCACAGAUUGAAUUUAUCGAAAUGGCAUUUUUUCAUAUUGUACUGUUCACAUCUCGCAACGAUCAGUUCAUUCCGUUGAGACAUCAAAUUUCUUAAAAGUUCAUGGGAAAACUUUUGUUCCUUUA